AAAAGCAGCUUAACUCUUUUUUUUUUUCCCUCACGUAAAUAUAUUUAGGCCUACGUACUUUUUAGUGAAUGGAUAUGGGUGAUAUGGAGGAUAUAUGGAUGUAUAUUAGCCUAUUUUACAUAUGACGACUUUUUCAUUAAAAGCCAAAAAUCAAGUGAAAGAUGUCUCGAGAGAUGUGACAACUCUGAAAGAGUGGAUACUAUUGAGUGAAACCCUGUUUGUUAUGAUGACAACAGCGCCGCGCGGUGGUUACGGGAACAGUUACAGCGGCGAGGCGCGUUUGUUUGUCCGGGGUUUGGCUCGUGAGAGCGGGUGGCUCGCGCUGACAGGUCCGCGAGAGGGACGGGCAGGAGUGACAGCCACGCUCGUAUCUCUGGACGGACUAACACCUGCCGGAGAGAGUUACUGGCCAUUCGCAGCACCUGACCUUUACAGCAUCUCCGUUUUGAAUUCAUCCUCCGUUGCCUAGAGCUGCUUGUGAAGCAGGUGAGGCGGCUUUUGUGGAAUUCGCUGCCUGUCUAAAAGGUGACGAUGCGAAAUAAAGGGACUCGCUGACUUGCGGAGAGAUUGUAAAUCCCUGGAAAAGAUUUGAGGACCAAGGAUGCAGCCCUGAGGUGGACUACCAGAACACGCACACUGGGAUCUACUGGCUGGAAAUGACAGACUUCUGAAUGGAUGUUUUCACGUGUGGAGAGGAUGCUGGUCUUUUCAUCCUGCUGACGUGGUCUCGGUAAAUUCGGGAGUGUCUCCGUUCCUCUUCAUUUUCCGUCUCCUGUUCUUCCAGAAAGGCCCACCUCAGCCUGAGAGAAGAUGUGACCCAGGCAAAGGAAUAAUCUGGCUGCCUGUAGCCCCCUCCCUUUCUCCCACACGUUUGGCUCGUAGCUCUUUUCUCUCUGUCUUUCUCUCUCUCGCUCGGUCUCUCUUGGAGAUAUUACCGCUCUCACCGGGGAUGGAUGUACCGCCUGAAACCAGCAAGCAUGUUAAGAAGUCCACAAGUCAAAAGCUGGAGGAUCAGAAAAAGAUCUACACUGAUUGGGCAAACCAUUAUUUGGCCAAGUCCGGUUGUCCAAGGCUUAUUAAGGACCUGACUCAGGACAUACCCGAUGGAGUUCUGCUGGCAGAAAUCAUCCAGAUAAUAGCUAAUGAAAAGGUAGACGAUAUUAACAGCUGCCCCAAGAGUCACUCUCAAAUGAUUGAGAAUGUGGAGGCUUGUCUGAAUUUCUUAGGGGCCAGAGGAGUCAGUGUUCAAGGGCUCUCUGCUGAAGAGGUGUGUAAUGGGAAUCUGAAGAGCAUCCUGGGUUUGUUCUUCAUCCUGUCCCGCUACAAGCAGCAACAGCAGCACCAGCAGCAGUACCUGCAGUCGUUAGUGGAGCUACAACAACACGUCACGCAUCAGACCACAGGGGCGGCGCCAGCGAGCCAGCACAAAACCCAAGACAUGCAGUCCAGUCUCACCGCACGAUAUACAAGUCCACCAGGUCACAGUGGAAUAGCAGCCCCUCAGAAGAAAAACACAAGGUUACCAGGUCCCUCCAGAGUCCCCGCUGCAGGCAGCGGCAGUAGCAGCAGUAAAGCCCACGGCUCCUCAAACCUGAACCGAAGGAGCCAAAGCUUCAACAGUAUUGACAAGAGCAAACCACUGCAGUAUGCUAGCGGCAAUGACAGAGAGUCGGUGAAGGGCAUCCCUCUGCCAGGCAGCAUGAACGGCAGUGGCUCGGUGCCCUCCAGCACCAGCGGGCAGCAGCUGGCCUCUGCCAUCCCCUCUCCCACCGCUGGAAAGUCCUGGCGCAGCAAGUCCAUGAACAUUAAGCACAGUGCCACCUCGUCCAUGCUGGCCACCAAGCCGCCCAGCCCAACCGCUUCCCCAACCCCUCCCUUAUCAUCUGAUCGCCUCCGGCCCCCAAUCACAGAUGCCUCCAAAUCAGCCCCCGGCAACCAGCGCUCCAUGUUGGAGAAGUUCCGGCUCAUCAACCCUCGCUCCGCAUCCAGAACGUCACCCUCGGUGGCCGAAAUGGCUCUUCAGGAGGAGGACGACUUGUCGGAGUUUGGAGAUGAGGGGACCUGCAGUCCCACACCACCCUGUGGGAUAUCGAAACAGCAGGGGAAGACCUCUACAUCCUCCUUUGCACCCCCAAACAAGACCAACAACUGCAAGAACCAGAACAAUAAGUCCUUGCCGCAGUCCAAAGACAAAGAGGACAAGAACAAGACCAAGAGCAAAGCCAGCACACCACCCAAAGAGGAGCCAGUAAUAGUGGAGCCCUCUAAGAAGGGCUCCAAGAUCGCCAGCCUCAUCCCCAAAGGAAGCAAAACAUCCACAGCCUCUGUGAAGAAAGAAAGUGCAAUCCCUGCCUCCAGCGGCAUCCCCAAACCUGGUCUGAAGGCUCCGACGGCGACCGCCAAGCCUGCAGCAACUCAACCUAGUGUACCUGCACCAAGUGUACCUGCUACAAGUGGUGAGAAGACCAAACUUAGUAAAGGCAGUCAGUCUAUAUAUAUGCAGAGAUCUUUGGGAGGUUUGGAGAAUCGUAAGACCAGCAUGGUGUCAUCAACCAGUACCUCAGCGCUUUCUGGAUCCGCCACUUCAGGGCUGGGUGGUGGAGCAGCUCUAGGAGGCAAUGGGGCAGUACAACUUCCCCAGCAACAGCAACACAACCAUCCCAACACAGCAACCGUCGCCCCCUUCAUGUAUCGGACGUAUUCAGAGAAUGACUGCACUACCGUGGUACCCCCUGAACCGUGUCUCAGUCCCACAAAAGACCUGGUCUACAGCAAGACCGCCAAACAGUGCCUGGAGGAGAUCUCAGGGGAGGAUCCAGAGACUAGACGGAUGCGUACAGUGAAGAACAUCGCAGAUCUGAGACAGAAUCUUGAAGAAACCAUGUCCAGUUUACGUGGGACGCAGAUUAGCCACAGUACCCUUGAGACAACAUUCGACACCACUGUAACUACAGAAGUGAACGGUCGUGGCCUCCCCGCCCUCUCGAGCCGCUCUUCCCCCAUGUCUUGGCGUCUCGGCCAAGGGUCGACUCCUCGUCUUCAGGCCGGCGAUGCUCCUAGCUACGCCCCGCCCAGAUCCAGCGCUGGCACCACUGGUCGCUAUGGUGACCCAUCGAGGUUGUUAUACACUGCCCCCCUGAGGAGAGCGGCGGCCUCAGGGGUUCGAGGGUCAGAGCCGGGGGAGAAAGGUGGGGUUUCUGAGGCGGGGCCAGAGGUGGACGUGACCGGAUACGGGAGCGAUGGUGACAUACUUGCCAAGAAUGUACAUGCAGAUGAUAUCAGUGGGUAUCACACAGACGGAGGUCUCUACUCUCGGAAUGUCGACCUUUACUCUCGAAAUGUUGGUCGCCCACCUGAGAUGAUGCCAACUCGAGAGGUUGUUCAAAAAGGAGUCAAAGAAAUGCAAGGGGAAGACAGCUGGGAUGACAGUAGUUCGGUCAGCAGUGGUUUGAGUGAUACUUUAGAUAACAUCGGCACUGACGAUCUGAAUCCACCCACAUAUUCCGGCAUCUCAUCUCGCAAGAGCAAAGCAGCACAGUCAAAUAAAGAUACGAACAGACAUACCGAGCAGGAUGGUAGCAGCUGGGCUGGUGCUGAGGAUCUGAAGAAGGUUGAUGAAGAGAUGGAGCCAGGUAUGGACCCUUCCUGCAAGUGGAAGACUUCAUCCCCUUCUUCUUCAUGUCAGGGUGAGGAUGUUGGCCAGAAGACAGGUUUGCCCAUGUCUCAAACAGGCUCCUGGAGGAGGGGCAUGAGUGCCCAGGUUGGCAUCACACCACCACGGACCAAAGGCUCGUCCACCUCUCUCAAAACACCAGGUAAAACUGAUGAUGCCAAGGCAUCUGAGAAGGGCAAGGCCCCAUCUAAGAGCCCAAGCAUCCAGCGUUCACCAUCAGAUGCAGGCAAAAGCAGCGGAGAUGAAGGGAAGAAGCCACCCUCAGGCAUUGGUCGUCCACCUACCACAAGCUCCUUCGGCUUUAAAAAGAUUCCGGGUCCUGCCGGAGCCCUCAUCACAGCCAGUGGGGCCACUCUGACCAGUGGCUCUGCAACUCUAGGCAAGGUACCCAAGUCUGCAGGCAUUGGGAAGGGUGCAGGUAUCGGCAAUGAGCGGAAGACUAGUCUGGAUGGUGCUCAACACCAGGAUGAUGCCGUUUUGUUAGGCUGUGGAGGCUCCAAGGUUCCACUCCAGUAUCGCUCCCUACCUAGACCGGCAAAGUCAUCUAGUGGGGGAAGCAGCGUGGUGGGCCGCAGCGGGCAUCGUUCCAGCUCUAGCAGCAUUGAUUCUAAUGUCAGCGGAAAGUCUGCGGGAGGUAGUGGAGGGGUGGUAGGAACCCCAACCAGUACAAAGAGAAGAGACCCUGGGAAAGUAGGGUCAGGACGUUCUAGUCCCAUCACCAUCAACCAAACGGAUAAAGAGAAAGUGGCAGGGUCAGAUCAGGAGGGAACGGGAUUGUCCACUUCCCCCAAAUCCAGUCCCACUUCUACCCAAUCGGGACUCAGACAGCCAGGCUCCAAAUACCCAGACAUUGCAUCCCCCACAUUCCGCAGGUUGUUUGGCAGUAAGACCAGCAGUAAACCCAGUUCCCCCGGCACCCCUGACUCUGGUAAAUGCCCAUCAGCACUGGGCAGUCCUCAUGGCACACUGGCGCGGCAGGCCAGCCUGGAUUCACCCUCCUCAGGAACAGGUAGUCUGGGCAGCAUGGGUGGGCAAAGCGGAGGCAGCAGCCCGCUGUACGGCAAAACGCCUGACCUCGGCACUGACUCCCCAGCCUCUAGUCCAGCAUCUGGCCUCUCUCUGCCCUCUAAUGCCCGGCCUUGGCCUCCAAACCUCAGCAGUUCCUCUGCAGGCAGUAAAGACACACUAAGCUGCCAUAGUAUGACUAGUUUACACACAAGCUCAGAGUCCAUAGACCUGCCACUCCCACAUCACCAUGGGCCAAAAGUCACCCGCACGGGCAGUGUCAAGUCCACCCUGUCUGAGGGCAUGCCUCUUGACAGAAACACUCUCCCCAAAAAGGGAUUAAGGUACCCUCCAUCCUCCAGGCAGACAUCACAUGAGGAAGGAAAGGAAUGGUUGCGUUCUCAUUCCACUGGAGGUCUGCAGGACACAGGAAGUCCACUUUCACCACCGGGCACAACCAGCACCGGCGCUGGAAAAUACCACUACUCAAACUUGUUGAGUCCCACCAGUAUGUCACAGUUUAAUCUUCCCAGCACCAGUAUGAGCCGCUCCAACAGUAUUCCAGCACAGGACUCGUUCGAGCUGUAUGGGGAGGGACACACUUUGGGCGGCAGUGCCACCUCGCUGGAGGAACGGCCACGCGGGAUGAGCCGGUCCGGCUCCUUCCGAGACAGCACUGAUGAAGUUCAUGGUUCUUCUCUGUCUUUGGUCUCGAGCACAUCAUCUUUAUAUUCUGCGGUGCUGGCCUUUUUAGACAAGACGGAGGAGAAGGCCCACUCUGAGGGCCAAACAGUCCAAAAUACAACGCAAAUCAGAAAACUGCGAAGAGAGCUGGACGCUUCUCAGGAGAAAGUGGCAACCCUGACCUCUCAGCUGGCAGCCAAUGCACACCUGGUGGCGGCGUUUGAGAAGAGUCUGGCGAACAUGACCUGUCGCCUGCAGAGUCUAACAAUGACAGCGGAGCAAAAGGAGUCCGAGCUGGCAGAGUUGAGAGAGACCAUUGAAGCAUUGAAAGCUCAGAACACAGAUGCUCAGACGGCCAUUCAAGUGGCCCUCAACGGCCCUGAUCAUGUUCAUAAAGGACUUCUGGGUUUGGAACGACAUGAGGCAGACCUGAGGAUCCGUCGACAGCAUUCGUCAGAAAGUAUGUCCAGUAUUAACAGUGCAGCCAGCCAUUCCAGUAUGGGUAGCGCUAAAGAUGCAGAAGACAAGAAGAAAAAGAAGAAAAGCUGGGGAAAGGAUAGAGGACACAAGGUGGCUGAUUCCAUCCCUGCCCAGUUGCGGAGCUCUUUUAAGCAGGCCUUCAGCAAGAAAAAGACCAACAAGCCCCAAUCGCCUCAUGAUGAGAUUGAAGAGAUGACUGACUCAUCCCUCCCUUCUUCACCCAAACUACAACACGCUGACAGACAGACCAGCACCACCCAACCACUGCGCUCAUCACCGUCCACCACAGAAAAGUGUUUUUGUGAUAGCAAGUCCUCCCCCAUUUGGAUGCCAAAGAAAAAGUCAAACGGUCAUGUGGUCUACAAGCACAGAUCUCGACUGUGUGAAUGUACAGAAGCUGAGGCCGAGAUUAUCCUGCAGCUGAAGAAUGAGCUGAGAGAGAAGGAGCUGAAGCUGACUGAUAUCAGACUGGAGGCGUUAAGCUCCGCCCACCACCUUGACCAGAUACGAGAGGCCAUGAACCGCAUGCAGAAUGAGAUUGAGCUGCUGAAGGCGGAGAAUGACAGACUCAAGUCCAGUGGCAACACCACACCUGCUGCUACUCCUGCUAAAACAGCCCGCCCCCCAUCAGAAACCUCCAGCACGUCCUCCUCAUCCUCACGGCAAUCUCUGGGGCUGUCGCUAAACAACCUCAACAUCACCGACACCAUUAUGUCAGAUAUUCUGCUGGAUGACGGCUAUGAGGGCAACCUACGCAAAGAGGGCAGGAGCGUCCGUAUAGUGGUCACCAUCAACAGUGACUCCAACAAGACCAAGGCUAUGCAGAAGAAGGUGUAUCUGAUUGGCUCCAUUGGCGUCAGUGGCAAAACCAAGUGGGACGUGUUGGACGGAGUAAUACGACGCUUGUUUAAGGAGUAUGUGUUCCGUGUGGACCCGUUGACCAGUCUGGGCCUGAAUUCGGAUAGUAUAGUGUGCUACAGGAUGGGGGAUGUGGUCCGAUCUCAUGCUUCUGAGGUGCCUGAACUGUUGCCUUGUGGAUAUCUGGUGGGCGACAACAACGUAAUCACAGUCAGUCUCAAAGGUGUGAAGGAGGGUAGUAUUGAUGAUUUGGUGUUUGAUACACUGAUCCCUAAACCCAUCAUUCAACGCUACUUGAACCUGCUGAUGGAGCACCGUAGAAUUAUCUUGUCCGGUCCGAGUGGAACUGGCAAAUCCUACCUAGCCACUAAACUAGCAUACUACAUCAUCUCCAAGACUGGUCGAGAAGUAACCGACACUAACCUGGCGAGCUUCAACGUGGACCAGAAAUCCAGCAAGCAGGAUCUUCGACAGUACCUCUCUAGCCUGGCCGAGCAGUGCAACACAGAGGAGUGUGAGAUCGAGCUGCCCACUGUAGUUAUUCUGGAUAACCUCCAUCAUAUUGGCUCCCUCAGUGACAUCUUCAAUGGAUUCCUCAACUGCAAAUACCACAAAUGUCCGUAUGUCAUAGGAACUAUGAACCAGGGUGUGUCCUCAUCUCCAAACUUGGAGUUGCAUCACAACUUCAGGUGGGUGCUGUGUGCCAACCACACUGAGCCAGUGAAGGGCUUCCUGGGCCGAUUCCUGAGGAGAAAACUGAUUGAAACCGAGAUUGAUAAGAACAUGCGCAGUAACGACCUCAUCAAAAUCAUCGACUGGAUCCCCAAAACCUGGCAACACCUCAAUUCCUUCUUAGAGGCUCACAGCUCCUCAGACGUCACUAUCGGUCCACGGCUGUUCCUGUCCUGUCCGAUGGAUGCGGACGGCUCACGUGUGUGGUUUACCGACCUGUGGAACUAUUCUCUAGUGCCAUAUCUACUGGAAGCAGUACGAGAAGGACUGCAGCUGUAUGGUAAGAGGGCGGCAUGGGAGGACCCUUCCAAAUGGGUGAUUGACACCUACCCUUGGAGCUCCGCCUCCCUGCAGCAUGAAGGCCAGUCACUGCUGCAGCUGCGGCCGGAGGACGUGGGCUAUGAUGGCUACACCUCCUCUAAAGACGGAGCCGCCUCCAAACAAGUAUCUCAGAGCGACACAGAGGGAGACCCACUGAUGAAUAUGCUGAUGAGGCUACAGGAAGCUGCUAACUACUCCAGUGCCCAGAGCUGUGACAGCGACAGCGCCAGUCACCACGACGACCUGCUGGACUCCUCGUUGGAGUCUGCCCUCUAAGCCCCGCCCCAUUAGAAGAGGAAGUCUUCUGAUUGGUUUAAAACAGAGCAAAGGGCCCACAGGACUUGUGCUUACGCCUCCAGCGGUGAAAGGAUGCAGAGUCCAGGAUACGGCGAAUGAAAAGGUGCUGGUGGCACACACGACACUGGCGGAAAAGUGUGUGUGCGCUUACAUAAUUAUUAAAACAACAACUGGAAUUUGAAUUUGUUGGAGGUGAUUCAUUAGUUAAACAUGUUUACAGAGGCAAGCGUUUAUUUUAAAUUAACUGAGGUGUAAAAACCUAAAGGGCAACAUUCUGAAUUCUGACCUCAGUCAACAAACCGGUGCUGCCGUGGUGCCAAAACCAACAUGUGGUUUACAUUCAUCUCGCCAGCACCAUUCAUGAAAGGCCUCUAGCCAACAAGCACAAACGUGCGACGCGUCAUUACCGCUACUGUGAAAUCAUACGCAAAUUCGCAAUCCUCCACCACUCGUUUCACUGCCAAGCGUUUAGUGACCUGCAGCACUGCAGCUUACACACCGUUCCAUGCAGUACUCUUUUGUUCGAGCCCACGGCCGUGCGCGUAGUUGUUUUCUCCUCACCGCAGGUACGAGGCAACUGCUUGUAGGAGAGCGUACCAGCUUUGUGAAAAAGACCAGAAAAUGGUGCUUUCUUGCUGCCUUAAAUGUGCUGAGCUCUGAAGACAUUUAAAUGUGGUGCCGCUGUCCUUUUUCGCAGAAAUGAUGGCUUAGGGACAGAACCGCGAUCAACCAUUUUCCUAAAAAUGCCACGUCCACAUAUUUUAUUUUUGUUACAAUUAGUGUUUUAGUGUAAAACACGCCAUUAUAAAACGGUCCAAUUGUAUAAAAGUAAAAAAAAAGAUCUUUAUGUAAUCCCAGUUGAGCUGGGAUCACUUGAAUCGAGAGCACAAAUCGCUUCGCUAGCAUGCCGUUUUUACUUUGCUAUAUGUGUGUACGUGCACGCGGAAACGUUUUUCGCUCCCGUGCGCCGGUGUUCGUGUAGUCGAAUUUCAUUCAUCCUUUAUUUUGUUUGCUAUGUGGGUUUUGCACAGUUGAAAAGGUGAUUGUAAAUAUCCAAGUCUUGCACAGCCUCUUUAAAGAUGCACUCUGCCCGCUCGGUAUUGCGUUUCUGCUCUUCUAGUCUAGCAUUACGCUCUUGUGAUUUACUGAGAAAAAAAAAGCAAACCAGCAACCUGUCCAAACCUUAUAUGUCUUGUAAUGACUGGUUAUUAUACAGAGCUCUAAACUGUACAGUGAGAGGUGAAGUGUUUUUCCAAUUUCAGAAAACUUUAGUGUCAGUUUACUGUUCAAGGGCGCAAAAUCAUCCAAAGCGAUUCACUGUUUUAUCUUUGGAAUGCAUCAACCAUAUCGAACUUGCAUUACACUGAUACAAUUCCUGUCUUGCAGCUUUCCAAAAAAAAAAAAAAAACACUGGCCCCUUUGGACAUAAGCCACAUUUAAAGACCCCAUGAAUGUUUUCCGACAACCAAAAGUUAUUGCAGAACCCGACUGCCAAAAAUGGCUGAUAUUUUCAUUCUAAAGAGCAUUUGUUUGGACAGAAAUGUAUAUGCACCCUUAAAUAAGGAUAAGCCAUCAAUAUUUAUAGUCCAUUAUGAUUGCAAUAUGUUUGAAAGAGAAAUACUGUAAAUUUUAAAUGUGAAUAUCUGCAUAAAGUUUUUUUUUUUUGUCAACUUUAAGGAGUACAAGAGCAUAUAAAUGACCUCAAAACUAACAGACAAAAGCCACAGAACUCUUCAUUUUGAAUUCAUGGGAUUUUUAAAAAUGCAUGAAUGUCAUUGCACUAGAUAACAAAAUCAAAAUAAACUUUUAACAAGGUUUUUUUUAAAUAAUGAAAUGUUACAAUGUUCAAAAAUGAAGACAAUAAAUGGUUACCCCUCAUUUUAAGGUGUACUUGUUACAAUUAUACAAUUAAGUUCUGAGUAAUAUGAACUAACAACAUGUACUUACUAUAGGGUUAGGGUUUGGUUUAGCGUUAAUUGCUUGUAAUUAUGCAUCAUUUACUGUUAUUACUAUAGUAAGUACAUAUAAUGUGUAACAAGGCCACUGUAAAAUAAAGGGCCCUAUUUUAACAAUCUAAGCGCAUGGUUUGCAGACGUUUCCGAAUCCACUUUUGCUAGUUUAAGGAUGGGAAAAUGGUUGGCCCGCCUGGUGCAUGGUCUAAAAGGGUUGUCCCUAUUCUCUUAAUGAGUAAUGGGUGUGUUUUGGGCGUAACGUGCAAUAAACUAAUCAGAGUCUCAUCUCCUAUUCCCUUUAAAAGCCAGUUGCACUCGCGCCAUGGCGGAUUUGCUAUUUACAUGGCGGAAUUUGCAAACGGAAAAACGGAACGUUUCUCUUGCGAGGAAAUGGAUCUGUUCGUGCGCGAGGUUAAAGCGCGUGAGCAGACCAUCUACGGGAAAAGCCAGAUUCCACCAAAGCAUUUUUAUCUUGCAUACAAUAAUAAUCUUUUACAUUGUAAUCCUUCUAUUUUUAAUAUUUGGCAUGUUUGUGUGCUGCUGCACAUCCCUGUGUGUGGAAUAAGCAUAUGUGCGUUGUGCAGCCGCAUAUAGGCGCAUAUUACUAAUGCGCUCUUUAAAUAACAAAACAAAUAUUGCGCCAUUGACUUUAAACCAGGUUUUAGUUGGUCAGUGGUGCAGUCUAUUUCAGUCGCCUCAAAAUAGCAACACGCCAACAACGCACCUGAACACAGCUCCUUUUCAGACCAGCACACCCAUGGAUGCACGAAUGGGCGCAAAUGCAUUUGCUAUUUAAACAACUAGCAAAAAAACACUGGAAAAUCACUGCAAAAAUUGGUUCAUCACAAGCUUCAUUUAUAAUGCAGAUGCAAGUCUAAUGCAAUGGCAUUCAUACAUAACAAGUGUGACUAAAGUGUCUGAAUACCUUUUAGGUCCACUGUAAAAUGGCUUACGAUUUCCCAGAAAUGUUACUGUGAAAGACUUUUCACUUGAGAAUUUUUCAGAGUUUGCACAUGUUUACAGCAACUAAGUCUCUGUUAGCUUGAUGUACAUGGUCAAGGAGGUACAAGGUGUUUCAUACAAGGUGCUAUAGGUGAAUCAUUGAAAAGCUUUGCGUCUCUGUCUUAUAUGGUCAGGCCUUUACCACAUCCAGCUUCACCUUCUGACUCAAACUAAGUAACUCAUUCUCACUGCCACAGUUUUGCAGGCUUUAACCUUUGAUUCUUUCCAAUCUACCUUUUUGUUGAUUCAGGAAACGGCUUCUUUGAUUCCUCAGCACUACAGCGGUGCUAUGUAUGUAACCUCCAAACUCUGUGACUCUGUGCCUGAUGCUUUGCUUGUCAACCAUUGUUCAGUGUAAAAGUACUCAACAGAAACAUUUAUAAGAAGUGCAGUAAAGGUUUCAAACUGCCUAAUGGUCCCUAACCUCAAACACAAAUAGUGAUUGUCCAUGGUACAUCAGAAAUCGUCUUUUAAUUUUCUUCAUGUUAUGGCAAACACGUCUCUUGGUGAGAGCAUAACAUUGAACUACUUUGAAAAUGUUUCUUUUCAGGUGGAACAUUUGUUGGUAGAUGUUUUAUAUUUUGUACAUUUGUAAGUAACAUAUCAUGUAAAUAGAAAGAGACCACAAUUUAAUUCAUCUGGGGGAUUUUGUAGUCUUUGUAAAGCCCUAAUAAAUGGUAUUUGGUGUCACCUGA